AUGUUCCCAGGUGGAUUGGCGGAACAAGCGGAAUAUGACUUUAUCGUCUGCGGCGCUGGCACAUCUGGCUGCGUCGUAGCCGGCCGACUGGCCGAAGACAGCAAUGCUCGGAUUCUUCUGGUCGAGGCAGGUCCCCAUAAUCGAGAUCUCGAAAAUGUCCACAUGGUCGGAGGGUGGUCGAAGAACUUCGACUCCGAGACAGAUUGGAACCUUGUCACCGAGCCCAUGCAAGGUGUCGACGGCAGGCGUGUUAAGCUCAGUCGAGGAAAGUUCUUGGGCGGCUCGAGUGGCGUGAACGGGACGCUGUGCAUUCGUGGAAGCAAGCAGGAUUUUGAUGAUUGGAAUUUGCCAGGAUGGUCGGGCGACGACAUGUUUGCAUACAUGCGCAAGGCCGAGUCCUUCCACAAUAAACCGUGGUUCCAGGCAGACGAGAAGGCCCACGGGUAUCAUGGCCCGCUCCACACAGAGCCUCACGACCUUGCUCCGAUUUCCAAGUUGUUGCUCGAGUCGAUGGAAUCCAUGGGUCUGCCGUUGGUGCACGAUAUGUUCAGCAAUGGCAGAACACCGCACGGCUGCGGACAUGCCCCUCGAACUCAUUACAGAGGCAUCAGAACCACUGCGGCCGACUUUGUGACCAAUGCUCGUCAUCGAGAGAACAUCGACAUCGUCGUUGAGACGCUCGUGGCCAAGAUCAAUUUUGAAGAAUCGGAUGGUGACGGUGAAUUACGAGCCACAAGCGUGACUCUAGUUGACAAAAGUGGAGGAAAGCGAGAGGUCAAGGCCAGGAAGGAAAUCAUUGUCUCUGCAGGAGCAUAUUGCUCCCCAGCCAUUCUUCUGCGAUCGGGAAUAGGCCCAGAAGCCGAGCUGGAGCAACUAGGCAUCCAGUGCAUCGUCGAUUUGCCUGGGGUCGGGAAGAAUCUCCUUGACCAUCUAAUUGUCUUUGCCUUUUAUGAAACGGAGAAAGAAGGCUUGACGAACGACUCCCUCGUAUACCACGGCGAUGCUGCAAUGGCUGCAUACAUGCUGUACAAAGACAAGAAGGAAGGCGUGCUAUCCACGUUCCCGUUCGGUGCCUUUGCGUACGCCCGACUGGACGAUCGGUUGAAAGACGAGCCAGUGUGGAAAGAAGCGAAAAGGGAGCCUGGCCGUGACCCGAUGGGAUUGACUCCCAGCCAGCCCAACAUUGAAUUCUUCACAACUGAGCUGUAUGGCGGACCCAAGCAAUACGACGACUUUCCUAUUGAAUUAGACAAGAAGCAUGCCUUUGCAAUCAUCACCGAGCUUUUCGCACCCCGGUCCAGAGGCACCGUGACACUAAGAUCGAAGGAACCGUUCGAAACCCCAGUCAUAGACUGCAACUACCUUGCCGAUCCGCUCGACCUGUUGGUUCUGACCGAGGGCUGUAGAUUGGGCAACGAGAUCGUCAUGCAAGGAGCAGGGACAAGAGCCGUUGUGAAGGGAUCCUGGCCUCCCAAUUUGACACACCAUGCUUUCACCACUCGAGAAGACUGGGUGCCAUACGUGACCCAACAAGCCACCACUUGCUAUCACGCCGCGGGCACCUGUAAGAUGGGACGAGCCGAUGACAACAUGGCCGUCCUCGACGAGAAGCUGCGAGUGCGCCGAGUCAAGGGCCUCAGGGUGGCGGACUGCAGUGUGAUGCCGACUCUGCACGGCGGCCAUACCCAAAUGCCUGCGUACGGUCCGGUGCGUGUCCGAGCUUGA